AUGUUAUCUAAAACAAGGCAUUUUACGCCUUCCGUGCUGCGCCAUCCCCAUUUUUUUUCAUACAAGAAUCGAUACAAUUCUCAAUUUCCUGUUAUCCCUCCUCUUCCUCCUGGUUUCCUUUCGGUGGUCCUUGGUUUCCGACACGACGCGGUUUCUAGCUAAGUUCCAAAAAUGAUGUCCAGUCUAAUAGCAGUGUUUUCUUGUGCAUGUUUUUUUUCUGUCUUCUAUGCCCAGCGUCCAUUCCACUGUAGCCACGGAGAGGUCCUUCACGUCAAGUUCAUGUACCAGUGUCCAGUGUCCAGUGCCGUUUUGCUUUUAAGCACAAGUACUUUUUUAAACCCUACGCAGUUAUCUGCUAGUGUCCAGUGUCCCGUCCCGUCUUGCUUUUUAGCACAAGUACUUUUCAAGCCUUCCGCUGCUGUUUACUAGUUUCUAGUUCUGUUUAGCUGUUAACCACCAUUCUUUUGAUGGUGCCUUCAUACCAUGUAUGGUCCACUGAGUGUGUUCAAAGUAUGCUUAUGGAGAGGUGUACCGAGAACCAGCUCAGUAUUUUACACCCUUCGCAGUUAACAGCUAGGACGUUGGAUAUUGGCUCUCCAGAUUUUGUCCUUUGGGGCAUGUCAAGAUUGUCACAGAAAGGUGCAAAACUGGACAUGAGGGACGAACCCGAAGCAAAGUUAAGGUGCCUAAGUAAAUGCUAUGCUGUUCACUUGGGUGUCUCAGACACCUGUCCCGAGCAGUUUGGCAUUAAAGCAUUUCACCGAUACUUUGCCGUCAUGACGAACGAAUAUUUUAAUACAAUAUUCAGUACUGAGAUCUGUUUGAAUUUUUUUAUUUUCUUACAAGCAAGCAUUCUUGGUUUAGCCGAUCUUCUUUCACUUGACAACUCAUGCCUAAAAACAUAUAAAUACAAAGAUUUUCAAUUCAAAGAGCUUUUCCUUAUAGGGGGUUUCACCAGCUCUGGGUGCUUGACUGUUGGAUGUAUUAAUACUCAUAAAUAUAUUGCCCAUGCCCAAAUUCCCUACAAACUAUCGAACUAUUUUUUUUUGGAUGCCUGGAUGCUCAGUUUUCAUUUCUUGAAGAUUCGUCGCAGCCAAUCAUUUUUCGAAUUAAACUACCGCUACAUCCAACAGUCAAGCAUCCAAAGCUGUCUAUCUCAGACAAAUUCUGCUUGUACCAAGUACCUCUUCCAGUUUUUUGUUAUCGAUAAACUACCGCAUAAAAGCCUUAACUAUAACAGCACCGAUAUCAAUUAA